GUCUAGUCAAAAUUAAACUUUCAUGAUUCCAAUAGGACAUGCAAUUUUAAAUAACUUUCCAAUUCAAUGUUAUCAUCAAAUGUGCUUUGUUCUUUUGGUAUUCUUUGUGGAAAGCUGAACCUAGGCCUAUAAUAGACAUGUCACAGUAUAGAUUGCUACCCAAAAUGGAGAUUUCUGCUGAUGUAGAGGCACAGCCAAUUGCUCAGUACUCACAAGUACGGUGCUUUUGGGGUGUGGGAGAGAGGCCUAUGACUGACGUGCAAGGGUAUAGAGUGAGAGAGCAUUCUGCUGAUGUAGCGGCGCUACCCAAUCCUAACCAAUCACAAUCAUGUUUCACCAGGGGUACAGAAGAGAGGACUAUUACAGACAUAUCUGGGUAUAAAGUGAUAAAAAUAGAGGAUUCUGCUGAUAUAGAGGCAUUACCAAAUCCUAACCAAUCGCAAUCAUCUUAUGUGAGGAGCGCAGGCGAGAGGCCUGUAACAGACAUGUCAGGGUAUAGAGUGAUACCCAAACUAGAGAAAUCCACUGCAGCGCUACCGAAUCUUAACCAAUCACAGGCAUGUUAUGUCAGGAAUGCAGGCCAGAGCCCCUUCCUAUUGGUACCCAAAGUAGAGAAUUCUAAUGACGUUGAAACGCUGCCAAAUCCUCAGCAAUCACAAACGUGUUUUAUGAGGGGCGUAGGCGAGAGGCCUAUAGCACACACACCCGGGUAUAGAGUGACACCCAAACUAAAGAACUCUGCUGAUGUAGCAUCGCUCCGAAAUGCUAACCAAUCACAGGCGUGUUACAUCAGUAGCGCAGGCGGGAGCUCAUCCUUAUUGGUACCCAAAAUAGAGAAUUGUGAUGAUGUAAACACGCUACCAAAUCCUAACCAAUCACAAGCAUCUUACAGGAGGGGAGCAGGAGAGAGCCCUAGCCUGUUGGUGCCAAAAGUAGAGAAUUCUGAUGAUGCAGAAAUGCUACCAAAUCCUCAGCAGUCACAAGCAUCUUAUAUGAGGGGCGCAGGCGAGAGGUCUGGGCACAACGCGAUACACAAAAUGGGCAGUUCUGCUGAUGCGCUACCGAACCCUCACGCACAAGCCUGGUAUUUCAGGGGAGCAGGAGAGAGGCCUAUAGCAGACAGCCCAAGGUAUGGAUUGCUGCCCAAAAUGGUACCGACUGCUAAUGUAGGAAUGCUACCGAAUCUUCAGCACCCACAAGCAUGGUUUUUCAGGGGCGCAGGAGACAGGCCUAUGACAGACAUGUCAGGAUAUCAAUUGUUACCCAGAACAGAGAAUUCUGCUGAUGUAGCAGCGCUGACAAAUCCUCCACAUUUCCAACCAUGGUAUAGCGGUGUCGCAGGGCAGAGACCUAUGGCAGACAUGUCAGGGUAUACAUUGUUACCCAGAAUGGAGAAUUCUGCUCAUGUAGAGGGGAGUCCAAAUCCUGAGCACCCACAAACCUGGUAUCUCAUGGGCCCAGGCGAGAGGACUGCAGCAAACACAUUGACGGGAAAAGGCUCUCGAAAGAAGAAACCGGCUGCUGCUACUGCCCCUAAGAAGUCGCCUAAGAAGAGCUCACGUUCUCUGAAGCCAAAGUGUAUUGUGCAAUCUUGUGCAAACUUUGCUGACGGAAAACCAACCAAUCCAGAUAUUUUAUUGCACAGAUUUCCAAUAAUUGCAGAUCAAAUUAAGAAAUGGCUUCUACAGAUGCGGCAGGAUUUCGGAGACAUCGAUGCCUUUGUCCAGCGCAUUCAGUCCAAUAAAAGAGGAACUUUUAGAGUUUGCUCUUCCCAUUUUACAUCCGAUUGCUACUUCAUGAAUGGGUUAACAAAGUGCCUAAAAGCAGAUGCGGUGCCUUCCAUCUUUGGUAACUGGGGCUGCGCAACUGACAGCGAGACAGACACAGAAGAGAACAUACUUCCACCUCCUUCAAAAAGAUGUCAGGAGCAUAAUUAUGCAGAGAACAGUCACACAUACGGACUAAACACGUCGUCAUUAUAUCAUAAUACUGACGCUUCCAUGGAAGUUGUGAUUAAAACUGAAAAUGCAUAUACUGAUCCAUAUUUUUGGUCGAGAAAUGCAAAAACCCAAACAGAUCCUUCUAUUUCUAAGACGUCCCCUUAUGUUGGAAUGGUUGAUGCUAGUGUCUCUACAGAUCCAGUCGACCUACCUCCACUUGAUGGAGCUAAAGAAGAACCAGCUGAAGAGUUUUAUGAAGACUUCUUCUCAGAGCCCUCUGACCUUGAUGAGUCAGAAGAAAGACUCAGAAAAAAAGAUCCUGAUUUUAUUCCCAACAGUGAUUUAAGCUGUAGUGAAACGUCUGAUAUUGAAGAACCUUCGGAGACGCAUUACGUGAAGGAGAAAAAGUUUAUCAUAUUUGAAUCGUGCUUAGAUCAGUUGUUGCGUCAUCUGCUUUGUCCAUUCAAUGGAGUAUGCAAUAGUCCAAUUAUUGAGAUGCAUAAAGUUAUUGAUGGCACCUCACUAACAGUUUUUGGCGAAUGUCACGUUGGCCAUAAAGUCCGGCUAUGGCAGAGCCAACCUACAGUUGCAAGACUGCCUUUGGGAAACGUUCUUAUGACUGCAGCUGUGACGUCUAGUGAUCUCACAUACUCAAAAGUGGCUAAAAUGUUCAAAAUUGCAGGUGUACCAUUUAUGUGCGAUGCUACGUUCAUUAGACAUCAAAAAAAAUUACUGGAACCAGAACCAGCAGUAGAUAUACAGGAUGCCUGCGCUAUAAAAGAGGAGUAUUAUGAUGAGGACCUGUUUCCGUUCUUGGAGUGGUUGAAUAAUGCGCUUAUGAUGACCAAAAAAGAGGAGGAGGAGAUACCAGUGACCAUGAGCCAGGAGCCCGACGUGACCGCAGGAGAGGACCAAUCUGAAUUUGAAGAAGUUGCCGUGUACUUCACUAAGGAGGAGUGGGAGUCUUUAGACGACGAACAAAAGUACUUAUACAAAGAUGUGAUGAUGGAAAAUUAUCAGUCCAUAAGGUCUCUCGGAGGCGCUAACGUGAAGCCUUCGGUUAUAUCAAAGAUUGAGGGAGGAGAAGAGCCGUAUCUGGCGAUGCAAAAGAAGAAGGCAGCACAAAAGGAAGAAGCGGCAAAAAAGGAAGAAGCAGCAAAAAAGGAAGAAGCGGCAAAAAAGGAAGAAGCGGCAAAAAAGGAAGAAGCGGCAAAAAAGGAAGAAGUUGCGCAAAAGGAAAAAGCUGCGCAAAAGGAAGAAUCUGUGCAAAGGGAAGAAAAGGAAGAAGCGGCACAAAAGGAAGAAGCUGUGCAAAAGGAAGAAAAGGAAGAAGCGGCACAAAAGGAAGAAGCGGUGCGAAAGGAAAAGGUGACGCAAAGCAAAAAAGUAAUGGAAAAGGUGAGGCAAAACAAAAAAGUGGCACAGACGGAAAAAGUGACACCAAAGGCAGAGACACAUGAGGAAUCGCCUUUAUUUAUCGGUUUAGAUGGGUCAGUGUCCGUAGAUGACCCCGAAAUACAGGAUGCUCCAUUAAGUCCCAAAUCUGAGAUGAUGGAAGACUCUGAUUCAAUCAAAAGUGACGAGAGCACAAAACCCAAAAGGCAAAACAAGCGUACGAGGAAGCGGGGAAGACCUCGGAAAAAUAAGGUCAAUAAACCAAGAGCUGGGGAAGGAGAAACCAAGAAAACAAAAGAAAUGCCAAAAAGGAGCACAAGACGCACCAAAGUCGAAGAUGUAGCUGUAGAUACUGAGAAUAAGGAAACUGCUAAUGAAAACACAAAAAGAAAUAAAAAGGAGAGUAACAUCCCUGUGUACGUUUAUAACAGCGAACAAGGCGAAAGCUUUGAUGAAUCACUUUAUACAUCUCAUGGGACACUGAAGUCGUUAUUUAAUUGUUCCGAGUGUGACAAGUGCUUCAUUUCUAAAUCAGAGCUUAUAAUGCAUCUCGAAACUCACGAUGAGCUUUUGGUUUGCUCCGAUUGCGGCAAAUCUUUCAACCACAAGUCGCAGUACGUGGCCCAUAAGAAAGUCCAUGCAAAUUUAAAACGCUACGUCUGUCCUGAUUGUGGGAGAGCAUUUAAAGUAAAGGCACAGAUGCUUCGGCAUCAGGGUACCCAUAACGAUGAGAAACCAUUUGUCUGUAUGGAUUGUGGGAGAAGUUUUAAACGGAAAGCGACCCUCUCUCAACAUCAGAUGCUUCACACAGGGGAGAAACCGUAUUCAUGUGCGGAAUGCGGGAAAAGUUUCAGACAAAAGUUCCAGCUUGUUCUUCACGAGAAGGUGCAUACGGGAGACAAACCCUUUGCCUGUACUGAAUGCGGGAAGCGUUUUAGGCAGAAAUUACAUCUUGCACGACAUGAGACAGUUCAUAUGAUUAAAGGGACAUAGAAAGGAAAUUCUUUGUCUCGUGUAUAAAAGGCUGAACGAUGGAUUAUGUUAACUGUUUGCAUGAAACCGACUGUUAUAACCUGUUUACAUUGUAAUGUUUCGGAAAUACAUGAAGGAUACUGCAAUAUUCAUUCUCAUUGGCUGAUGGGGACAGCACUUCAAUAAGGAUGAAAACAAAAUGGCGAUAAAAAAAAAAUACAUUUCAAUAAAAAAUACAUUUCAAGAUGCACUCCUUUGGAUCCAGUGAAGAAACACUUUACUUUAUGUCCCUUUAAAGGACUGUUCUGAUGCACAAGUUACUUGCUGUUUCAAUUAGUGUCUCUUGCGUAAUGUGCUUUUAUCCUAUACAAAGGUUUCAAUCAGGGGCCACAGCACAAUACAGCUACCAAGCAGCGCACGUAUGAUGACUGGCAGCUACCUGCAUAUGCCAUCCCAAAUUCUGUCAGCAGCUGUUUCCUGUGACUCCCGCGCAUGUCUUUUAUCUAUGUAUUUUUUACUCCUUUGUGAGCGGUUAAAGGGAUAUAUCACAAUCCUUAAGAAAAACGUUUCUAACGAUUUAUUCCCAAACACGUUAAAUGUGAAUUAUAUAGAAAAAUCCAUAGAUAAACUAUUUUAAAGGAUUCUGAUCGACCCUUUAGUCAGCUACGGACUGCACGUUUGGAUAAGGUAUUAUGUAUUUCUAACAUUACCUUAUAUGUCAGAGAGAAAACCGUAUUUAAAUAUUUUCUGAUUUUCCCACAAUGCAGUGCUGAAAACUGAACACAAAACCCGAAUCCGUAGAACGAGGUAUAAAAUGGUCGAUUUAAAUGGAUAUUUAAUGCUAAAAUAAAACGCAGUAAUUCAUGA